AUGAAACCACUUAAAACCAGCAAACACACGACGAACGCUGAACGCGAAAAAGUUGUGCGUGCCUACGAAAAAGGAUACAACAUGAAGGAGAUAGCCGGUAUGUUACACAUGAAGCGCAGCACCGUGCAUGGAGUUAUUAAAAGAUUUCGCGAAACGGGACAGACGCCAAAGGAGCGUAAUUCGUCAUAUGUGAGAAUAAUAAACUCACAACACGUUCAGCUGAUCAAGGAGUGGAUAGAGGCGGAUCACAGGAUUACGCUGAAACAGAUUGUUACAAAACUGAAAGAGGAACACGGAAUCGAUGUAUCGAAAUCGACGGUAUCGAGAACAACUAAAAGUUUACAAGACACUUUAAAAACUCCUCGCAACAUUCGACUGAUGGCACGCAAAUCUCUACUGCUCGAGUCAUCAAAUUCGGCUCAAGCUAUCCUACCACCUAUUGACCAAGAGUCCUUAGAGGCAAAUGCAUCACCUAGCCUAUCACAAACGGUCUCAAACACAUCGUCAUCAGGAUCGUCUCGAGCGCUAACUCCGCCACCAGGAACAUCCCGUGCAGUAACACAAUCACCGGAAGCUUCCAUAACUGAUGCAUCUUUCAAGCCGGAACCGUCUCGAGGCGAAGAAACACCACCGCCGAGUCCGCCUCGAAUCGUUUCGUCCCAUCAGCGUACACUUGCCGUAAACCGUCAUCGGGAAGAAAUUAACCACACCCACAACCAAAUCAUUUUAAACACGCUGGAAACAGUUUCUGCAGCAACGAACCGUUUGAUGGAAGAAAGUCGUCCACAAACGGAUGAAGCGAUUUUUGGUGCGUGGGUUGGUGGCCUGCUGUCGGAAUGGUCACCACCAAGGCGAUGCACGAUGAAGGUGGCCAUCCGGAAAAUGAUGCUCGAGGCACGGGGUUAG